AAAAAGGAAACGAGCGGAAACAAUCGUGAAGAGAACGCCAGAGUGAGAGCGGUAACAAUGAGCUCCACGGGAGGCGAGAUGCGCGCAUAGAGGAGCGGCGCUGCGGUGCUGGGGGUGGGCGGCAAUCCACGCGGGAUCCUGAUCCAGAGGCGAGCCGUGCAGCCGCAGCCAAGUCCUCAGACCAGUUUCACAGCAGCCCCGAGACGAGCGAGCGAGCGAGCGAGCCGCUAUGGAGGACGUGUGCGAGAUGGACUGCCCGGUGCUCAAGCGGCUUUUGAAAGAGGACGACGCCCGGUGCCUGCUGCUCGACUGCCGCUCCUUUCUCGCCUACAGCUCGGGGCACAUCCGCGGGGCCGUCAACGCCCGCUGCAACACCAUCGUGCGCCGCAGAGCCAAGGGUUCCGUGCUGAGCCUGGACCAGGUACUAGCCGGGGACGAGGAGGUACGGGCCCGCCUGCGCUCCGGGAUGUACUCGGCCGUCGUGCUGUACGACGAGAGGACGCCCGACGCGGACACGGUGAAGGAGGACAGCACCGUCAGCCUGGUGCUCCACGCGCUGUGCGGGGACUCCACGGCCACGCGCAUCUACUUUCUCAAAGGUGGCUACGACAGGUUCUUCUCCGAGUACCCCGAGUUCUGUUUGAAGACAAAAUCCUUGCCCCCGCUCACGAGCCAGUCCAGUAUGGACUCGUCCUGCUCGUCCUGCGGGACGCCGCACCAUGACCAGGGUGGGCCCGUUGAGAUACUCCCGUUCCUCUACCUGGGCAGUGCUCUACACGCCUCCAAAAAGGAAGUCCUGGACGCCACCGGCAUCUCGGCGCUGCUCAACGUGUCGUCCGACUGUCCCAACCACUUCGAGGGUGCGUACCAGUACAAAUGUAUCCCUGUGGAGGACAACCACAAAGAGGACAUCAGCUGCUGGUUUCUGGAGGCCAUUGAGUUCAUCGACUCCGUUCGCGACUCGAGCGGUCGCGUCCUGGUCCACUGCCAGGCGGGCAUUUCCCGUUCGGCCACCAUCUGCCUGGCCUACCUGAUGAAGAGGAAGCGUGUGCGUCUGGACGAGGCGUUCGAGUUCGUGCGGCGGCGCCGCUCCAUAAUCUCACCCAACUUCAGCUUCAUGGGCCAGCUGCUGCAGUUCGAGUCCCAGCUGCUCGCCACCUCAUGCUCAGCCGAGGCCGCCGCCACUGCCAGCCCACUGCUGGCGCCCAAGACGUCAUCGGGAGUGGCCUCGGCCGUGGCCACGCCCACCUCGCCCUUCAUCUUCAACUUCCCCGUGUCAGUGGUGAACUCCGCCUACCUGCACCACAGCCCCCUCACCACGUCGCCAGGCUGCUGAUGGCCCGCAGUGACGCUCUGAACGCUUCCUGGCUCACAAACCAGCUUCUUCCAAUAAGUGACCAAAAAAAAGACUUUCAACCAGGUUUGUGUGUUGGACUUGCGGUUGACAUACACACUGACAACACAUGCACGAAUAACAAGUGAGGAUGCUUGGUGUGAAGAUGGUUCUAUUGCCAUUAGGUUUGCAAAGGGGUUGAAAAUUUACCGUGAGCAGUUAAGAUGGGGAGUUUUGAAAAUAUUUUUCAUGGGAUUUAUGGGAAUUAAGGUGAAUUAAAUGGGAAGAUCAUAUUCAGUUUCCAGUGGAGUUUUUUUUAUUAACAAUAAACAAAUUUAAGAUAGUCUGGUUUAGAGAAGAGGAAAACCAAAAACUGACAAAUAAGAGUACAAAUAGUUAAAAAAAUAAAAAUUGCAACUUACUGGUUUUGGUUACCUUGUGAAAGGGGUAAUACCAUAGGUUCCAAGAUUGACCCUUGAGGAAUACCACCGAAAAUAUGGACAGACUGGAUAGCCAUCAGUGAUUGGCUCGCGACCAGUCCAAGGUGUCUUUUUUCCAUAGGUCAGCUGAGAUAGGCUCCAGCACAUGGUUGAGCGGUAUGAGAAGUGGAUGGAUGGUAUGAUAUUAAAGCAUAAAUAUAAAUGUCUUUUUGUCAUAAGAAGACAUAAAUCCAAAAUGAUAAAAUUAAAAAGCAUGACAUGGCAACAGAUAUAACAGUAAAAUUAUUUGUAAGUAGAACUUAAUCAAUUAAACAAUUAUUUCGAACGCUUUUAAAAAAAUUACAAAAAUGCACCCCAGAUCCAAAAUGUCCCUUUGAAAAUGUUGACUAAAAGGGCCGCUCUCCCUAGGAAAAAGUUCCAUUCAGUAUGCAAAUAAAAAAACAAUCCCCAAUCAAUUUCGCAUCAAUUCCCAUAGAAAGUUUCCAUCUUUAAAAAUUACCCGGAAUUUUGCUGCCCGAGUUGCCAUGGAGAUGACAGCUCUUUAAGCUGAGAUGGACACAGGAAGGAAUCUGGAAUUCAAAGCACCCGCUCCUUCCUCCUUUGGUGCUCAUCCUGCUGCAACACAAAAGAUGUGGAUGUGUGUGCAUGGGGGGGGGAUCGAAAGCAGGCCCUCCUCAGUGACAGGUGCUCUGCUGCCAGGCCGACCAGAGUUUCCUGUCUAACCUCUUCCUCACACGCGCUUACACAAACAGGCCUCUCUCAUCUACUUUCAUGUUCCCCCUCUUAAUCUCUUCUUCUCAUCUUUGCCACCUCCUCCUCUUCUCAGAUGUUCAUCUCUUUCCUUGGAGGUGGCAUGAGAAAACAAAAUAAAAAUAAUAAGACACCGACAAGAGCCCAGGAAACACUCAUCAGGUCUCCUUGUUUAGAGCACGGCGACAUUUAAAUGAGCAAUUGCUGCUCUUUUUAUGGAAGUGUUCCCCUGCCUAUUCGCUACAUGCAAUAUUUGUACAUUUUGUUUCAAUUACCAAUGGUCUCACAAAAAUUACUUCAUUUACUUUUCCUGGACAGAAUAUUCAGUAAAUUAACAAGGAUAUAAACUCAGGGUACUUUGUUCAUUUCUUUAUCUUUUUUUAACACUGCUGCUGUUACUCAUGAGGAAGGCCUGUUUUCACUUCACACUCAGGCACACGAGCCCUGCUACUGAACUUUUAAUCCUUUCAAGAUGGCAACAAUAGAAGUGAGUUUUCAGUUCUUAAUGUCACAAUGGUGUGUUUUUAGACUGAACUACACUCUCUAACUCUGCUACACACAUACACAGAGAAAGGGUGGCAAAGUACAUUUUCCUGUUUUUCAAAGAUUGUCGACACCUAUUUCUGUAGCACUUUGAAGUGAUGCAAUACUGUAUUUGUAAUUGAUGGUUGAGCUGCUCAUCACGGUAACAGUAGACUGACUUUUUCUUGUCUAACGUGGAGAGGAGGGAUGAAGAGCGAGAACCAAUCAGUUGAGAAAAAAAACUGCAAUACUUUUGUCUGAGUUCAUCUCUUUCUACUCUGUCUGCUCAAUGCAGUUGACCCAUUAUACGGCAAUAGAAAACAUUCACUUAUACAUGUGUGUAUAUAUAAUAAUAAUAAAAAAUCUACUUCCCUUCAA